AACUGUGAGGCCACCACUACCAGCCAAGAGCGGGCCCUGGCGCUUUGCUUUUUUUCCAUUGAGGAGUUGCCCUACAGUGCUGCAGUAGCAGCAGUGUCUUUUUGUUUGGUUGGUGGCCGAUGUCUAUGUUUGCAUUUAUGGUGUACAUUUAAUUUACAUCUAAACGAGUGCUUUGCAGGCAAUUUUAAGUAUUUUAGGCUCAGAAACGCUGUUUUCUCCCUCAGGUGCUCAUUGCCUUCUUUUCUAUGACAGAUCCUGACGACAGUAUAUGCAAAAGAUAUAUAAAUAUGAUUACUAAUAUAGUAGUCUUGAGCAUGAUCAUUUGCAUUUCCUUAGCUUUCUGGAUUGUGUCAAUGACUGCUAGCACCUAUUAUGGUAACUUACGGCCUAUUUCUCCUUGGCGGUGGCUAUUUUCUGUUGUGGUUCCUGUUCUGAUCGUAUCUAAUGGCCUUAAAAAAAAAAGUCUAGAUCACAGUGGGGCUUUAGGAGGGCUGGUGGUUGGAUUUAUCCUAACCAUUGCAAACUUCAGCUUUUUUACCUCUUUGCUCAUGUUUUUCCUUUCUUCUUCCAAACUCACAAAAUGGAAGGGAGAAAUAAAGAAGCGUCUAGACUCAGAAUAUAAAGAAGGUGGGCAGAGGAAUUGGAUUCAGGUGUUCUGUAAUGGAGCCGUGCCCACAGAGCUGGCUCUGCUGUACAUGAUAGAAAAUGGCCCUGGCGAGAUGCCAAUUGACUUUUCCAAGCAGCACACUGCUUCCUGGAUGUGUUUGUCUCUCUUGGCUGCACUAGCCUGCUGUGCUGGAGAUACCUGGGCUUCUGAAAUUGGCACAGUUCUGAGUAAAAGCCCGCCAAGGCUGAUAACAACAUGGGAGAAAGUUCCUGUUGGGACCAAUGGUGGAGUUACAAUGGUGGGUCUUGCUUCCAGUCUCCUUGGUGGCACCUUUGUGGGCUUCGCUUACUUCCUCACACAACUGGUUUUUGUGAAUGAUUUAGACAUCUCUGCUCCCCAAUGGCCCAUUAUUGCUUUUGGAGGUCUAGCUGGAUUACUAGGAUCAAUUGUGGACUCAUAUUUAGGGGCAACGAUGCAAUUUACUGGUUUGGAUGAAAAGACUGGCCUAGUGGUCAACAACCCAACGAAUGAGACAAAGCACAUAGCUGGGAAACCCAUUCUUGAUAAUAAUGCAGUGAAUCUGUUUUCUUCUGUUCUUGUUGCUCUUCUGCUCCCAACUGCUGCCUGGGGUUUUUGGCCUAGAGAAUGAACUUUAUCUCAUUUCCACAGGUUGACACUGGUGAGUCCAGGUGAAUUUGCAAUUCCAGGUUUCAUCCUAAGAAUAGUAUUUGUAAUGGCAAAGUUAGAACUGGAUGCUUUCCUAACAUCUACUCACUUUAAGAGCUAGUAAAAGGUACAGACAACUUAUUUACAUGUAUUUUUCUUCUGUUGAAUAUAGCUGCUUCAACAAUUCCCUCUAUAUUGCUGUCUAUUGAAGUGAAAGAUCUACAUAGUUAAUGUAUUUUUUGGCUGUAUUUUUAAAGCAGUAUAAGCAUUAAGAGAAAUACCAUAAUGCCAAUUAUUCUGAAGUUAUAUUUGUUUUAAAUGGCUUUAACUGAUACUUGUGAAAGCCUAAGUAAGUAUAUUAUCCAUGUCUUCUCCCAUUACCUUGCCAGUCACAGUUGUAAAAAGUUCAGAGAUAGUCAAGUGCUGUUAGCUUUGCUGUAAUCCUAGCUACUCAGGAAGCUGAGAUCUGAGGAUUGCAGUUAGAAGCCAGCCCAAGCAGGAAAUCAUGUG